ACACGCACAGCUCAGAUGGAAUGCUCCAGUAACACCAGGAUGUUGAGGGUUCUCCUCAGUGUGCUUCUGGCACACCUUAUGAGGAUUCAUAUCUCAUCAAAUGCCUUGUCCGUACGAGUUGUGAAUGGACAAGAUGGCUGCAGUGGGGCAGUGGAGCUCUCAAAUGGGACCGUGCGUGAUGAUUACUGGGACCUGAAUGAUGCCAAGGUGGUGUGCAGCCAGCUGGGAUGUGGGGCAGCUCUGGGUGCUCCUCGGGACUCCUGCUUUAGACGGAGGAGUGGGACCAUUUGUUGGGAUCUUGGGUGCUUGGGGUCUGAGAGCUCUCUCUCUGAGUGUAAACCUCAGGCUAAGAUCUGUCAACAGUAUAAGGCAGCAGGUGUGGUGUGUCGUGGAAGUAAUCCACUGUCCACCCCGUCUAUCUCGUCCUCUAAUCCUGCUGUCCUGCCUGGAGAGACCGUUCGCAUCACCUGCUCCAGAUCCCCACAGAAGUGUACCGACGUAGACUUCCACUGGUACAGAAACAGAGUUGAAAUACAGUCUAAGAAGUCUAAAGGCUCAGAGCUAACCCUGUCCAACAUGGCCGCCUCCCAUCAGGGUCUGUACACAUGCAGCUUCUCCUACCCAGGAACUGGCAUCCAGUCUCCUCUCAGCAGACACAUGAACAUCUCUGUGGUGAGUCUGCACCAGCCCAAUAUCUCUCUCAUCUCAGAAGAGGAGGGGGGCACGUUGUGUCCCCCAAACCCCCAGAGGUCAGAGGGCACGGUGCGACCCCAGACCCUAGAGGUCACCAAAGGUUACAACUUCUCCAUGGUCUGCUCCUCUGCGCCUCAGGGGUACACAGGAGGCUCCUUCCGGCUCCUCCUCCGCGGGUCAAACCAAACCUGGAGCCAAUCAGCAGAGGGCCACUCGGCCUGGAGCCAAUCAGCAGAGGGCCACUCGGCCUGGAGCCAAUCAGCAGAGGGCCACUCGGCCUGCUUCCUCCUCCAGGCCGACGACUCCCACCAGGGCAACUACAGCUGUGUGUACGAGGUCACUGUGGGAUCUCGCCUCUUCACCUCCACGCUAUCUCAACUGCUCACCGUCACCGUUAAGGAUUCCUGGCUCCUCUACCUGCUGGUUGCAGGUGGCCUGGUCCUCCUCUUCCUGCUGCUCCUCAGCAUCUUUAUAGUGUGGAAAUGUUGCCUUGGCAACAGACGCAAGAGAGCAUCUCUCAAUGAAGCUAUAUAUGCUGGUGGCCCAGAGGGUGGGGUGACCUACAGGAGGAACGAGCCGGUCGAGGAUGACGAGAGAGACUACGAGUCCGUGGAUGAUGAAGAUAAGGGAGACUACGUCAACACUGAAACUCUGGGGGGCAUGGACGAGAGUUUAGAGGACGAGGAAGACUACGUCAACACAGAGACUCUGGGGAGCAGAGAGCAGGGUUCGGCAGAAGAGGAAGACUACGUCAACACACAGACUCUGGGUGGUGGCGUGGAGGACUAUGAAUGCAUGGAGCGUCACAGUGAAGACAGUGACGGGGAGGACUAUGUGAAUGUGGAUCCACUUAGCGCAGGGAUCUACUGAAGAGAUUGUGAGAAUAUAGAUCCACUUACGCAGGGAUCUACUGAAGAGACUAUGUAAAUGUGGAUCCACUUAGUGCAGGGAUCUACUGAAAAGACUGUGUGUGGAUCCACUUAGUGCAGGGAUCUACUGAAGAGACUAUGUCAAUGUGGAUCCACUUAGUGCAGGGAUCUACUGAAAAGGCUGUGUGAAUGUAGAUCCACUUAGUGCAGGGAUCUACUGAAGAGAUUGUUUGAAUGUGGAUCCACUUAGCGUAGGGAUCUACUAAAAAGACUGUGAAUGUAGAUCCACUUAGUGAAGGGAUCUACUGAAAAGACUAUGUGAAUGUAGAUCCACUUAGCGUAGGGAUCUACUAAAAAGACUGUGAAUGUGGUUAUGCUCAUGUAAGGAUACACUGAAAAGAAUGUUUAAAUGUUGGUCCACUUACAGUAGUGCAGGGAAAGAGUGCUUCAAUUAUGCUGGCUAGGCUAGGCUAGGCUAGGCUAUAUUGUUUUUUUUAGACAGUACAGGCUACCCAUGCCUGGGAAAUGAUGAUGUCAUAAUGCUUGUAUAUUUCUUAUGUCAGCCUUUACUGUAUAUCAAGGAACAAUACUGAAGCAUGCCGGUAGAAAUAUCUGUUCAAGAGAACAAUUGAUGUGUAUGCCAUGAGCAACUUCUGAUUCUUUAAUACGGAAACCAAGGUCAUUAUUUUGGGCUGCUGUUGCAUCAGAAAAAGUCACUGUGUAGAAAUGUGCUGCAAUUUCAAAACCGGAUUACUCAAGAACAGCUUACAGUAGGCCUAUAGGAAUGCCUCAUAUUCUUGUGUCUGGUAAGGUCUGUUGUUUAUUCUGAUAUUAUUGUGAUAUAUUUGUGAUUUUUUCAUUUUGCCAUUUAUUAAUUUAAUUUAGUUCAAUGAUGUGUGAUAUGUGCCUCUUUGUUUUUCCCAUAUGUGUGUAUGAGGACUCAAAAAAUCUACCUCUGGGUACGAAUAAACUAACUUGA